GAGUCAGCUGACUAGCGUAGUUCCGCUUCUGCGCGGUGGCGGUCAGCUGACAGAUGUUUGCUGUCUCGGAUCGUGCGGCUGUGAAAUAAGAACACCUGCGCGAUCAGAGCCGAUCAGCGCGAUGAGUGCUGGCGCCCCCCGAUCUCUGGCCUCCUCCGGACAGAAGUCCAUCCAGGACAUCUGCCACCCUCUGUCCGCCGAGGAGAGCGCGCUGAACCCCGGCAGCGCUGCAGACACGGGCCUGAUCCUGCCCAAUGGGACUCCAGUAGACACAUCAAGCCCCGCCUCCUCUUCAUCUCUGCUGAACCGACUACAGCUCGAUGACGAUCUGGACGGAGAAACGCGCGAUCUGUUUGUGACUGUAGAAGACCCCAAGAAACACGUGUCUACUAUGGAGACAUAUAUCACCUACAGAGUCUGCACAAAGACCACCAGAACAGAGUUUGACCUGCCUGAGUACUCGGUAAGGCGACGCUACCAGGACUUUGACUGGCUGAGGAACAAAUUAGAGGAAAGCCAACCCACCCAUCUUAUUCCACCUUUGCCUGAGAAGUUUGUUAUGAAGGGAGUGGUGGACCGCUUCUCAGAGGAGUUCGUGGAGACCAGGAGAAAGGCACUAGACAAGUUCCUCAAACGUGUUGCAGACCAUCCUGUGCUUUCUUUUAACGAACACUUCAAUGCAUUUCUCUCAGCAAAGGACUUGAAUAAGCGUCAAGGCCUGGCUCUGCUGACUAAAAUGGGGGAAUCUGUGAAGUAUGUGACGGGUGGUUAUAAACUGAGGGCACGGCCGGCGGAGUUUGCUGCCAUGGGCGACUAUCUGGACUUGUUCACACAGAAAAUGGGCACCAUUGACAGAAUAGCACAGAGAAUCAUCAAAGAGCAGUCAGAGUUCCUGAUGGAGUUGAGAGAGUACGGGCCAGUCUACUCCUCCUGGUCGUCUUUUGAGGAGGACCUCCAUGAUCCUCUGGAGGGGGUGUCGGGGUGCGUGUCGAACUGCUCCAGCGCUCUGGAGGAGCUCACGGAGGACAUGAGCGAAGACUUUCUCCCUGUGCUCAGAGAAUACGUCCUGUACAUCGAGUCCAUGAAGGUGCCCUCUGACGUGGAGAAGUGUCAGGACCGUGUGGAGUGUUUCAACGCCGACCUGAAGGCCGACUGGGACCGCUGGGAGAACAACAAGCGACAGGACUUCAGACAGCUGCUGACGGGCAUGGCCAACAAAAACAUCCAGCACUACGAGAAGUGCCUUGCAGCAUGGGAGUCCCUCGUUCCACUGUUACAAGACAAACAGGAAGCAGAAGGCGAAACGAGCUGAGCGUGUGUUUCAUCCGUUCUCCUGGCCACCGGUGAGGUCCAGAGCUCGUGAUCCAGGCUGUCCUCGGACCACAGCUUUCACGGGACGGGACGGGACGCUGCUGGAGCGGACGAGCUCCGGGAAUACAUUUGUAAAGUGUCUUUAUUUGUUAAAGCCCAUCCAUCCAACCACCUCUCUCUCUCUCUCUCUCUCUCUCUCUCUCUCUUUGUUCCUGUGGAAGGAGAAUUUGUAGUUUUCUCUUCUCAAGCUCGGACUGGAACUGCAGAAGAAACUGUAAACGCUCGUGAGGAUGAGAGAGGGGAGGACGUGUUUGGUUUUAGUGAGAUGUCUGCCAGUUAUCCUUUUGUAAAUGCUUGCCUUUUGAUGCUGAUCCGUCCAAGGGAACCGAGACGUCAGUGUUUUGUUUUUUGGUUCGUGUUCAUGAAGAGUGAAGGUUUGCCAACAUUCCUCUUGCCAAAGAUGUGGAACUGGAGUUUGAUAUCUCGAUUGAAGCGUUCGCUUUUUUCCAGAAGAUUUCCUGCACUACAAAACCCUUGCCUGGAUCGGCCGUUCCCUCGUUAUACUCUAAACUAAGCUGUUGCGUUGAAAUGAAGGAUGUUUUGCCAGCCAUACUUGACCUCAUUAAAUUUUUAUGACUAAAGAUGUGUCAUAAUGGUUUGUACUUGUCUUAAUGGGGGCAGGAUCUGUGGUCGGGUCAACUAGACAAGUGAGGUGAAUGUAAUGUGGGACGUUUCCUGUGAAACUCUGGGAUAAUAAUGGAGAGCGUUAGUCUCCAAUAAUGUACAUACAUUCUGAAAUUCAAAGCUUUUAGUAAAUGCAUUAUGGCAAAUGUUUUUGGCAGCUGUUAGAUCAAAGGCAGAAGAUCUAUUGAGUUGUUCUUGUUUAAUGUGGUUACGCAGUGCAGGAUAGUGAUACGUUACUGUUCAAAAGUUUGAGGUUGGUAAGUUUAUUUUAUUUUUUUAUUUUUUUUAAAGUCUCUUUAUG